GGUGGGGCUCACCCCAGAUUUCAGCCAAUGCGGGCUCCACAAUGUCAGGAACAGGAAUCAAGGGCCACCCUAGUGGCCGCCGGCAGCGCUAGAGAGGUACCUACAGCAGGUACUUAGACGCACUACCUAACAGCACCAGAGUGACAUCAACUAACUUUUGACGCCAUCACCAACCAUUUCAUUCUCGAUAUCCAGAAGCAGUCAGUCAAGAUGUUGCUAGCUACAAGAUUUCGUGUAGCCCCCCAGCUACGAACCGCCAUCAGGUCAUUUACGACCUUACCCUCCAACCCCAACAUCAAAGUCUUCCCCCAGCCCAACAACCCAAAAUCGUACAUCCUCUCCCUCCUCCCCACCACCCCUCCCUCUCCCGCCCUCUCCAUCGGCACCACCACCUCCCUCCCCCCCACCCCCCAAUCCUUCACCACCAACCCCCACUUUCUUUCGAUCCUCAACGCCGUCCUCACCGAGCACGCCUACUCCGACCCCGGUCUUCAAUCACAAGCCCAAGCCUUCGCUUCACCAGCCGGCUUCUCCUUCCUUCCUGGUUCAGCAGGUAGUAAACCUGGCGGCGCAGGCAGGAGGUUGGGGAAGAAAGGGAAUGAUACAGGCGCCGGCGGUGCGUCAGCGGAGGGAGGAGCCGGAGGAGCAGGUAGAGGGGGGUGGGUGCAUCUGAGUGAUGAGAGGACGCCGGUGGAUUUUGGGAGGAUUGCCUGGCCGGAGGAUAUCUUUGGGAGCGUGGAGGUUGAUGGCCAGGGAAAGAUUUUGGAGGGGACGUUUCAGGGGAGUGGGACUUAUAGGGUUGUUACUAAUCAGGGGAUCUUGGGACUUAGUCCGUUUUUGAUGGAGAAGUUGGUUGCGAGGUUGAGGGAGGAGGAGGUCAAGGAGAAGGAGAAGGAGAAGGAGAAGGAGAAGGCUUGAAGGGGUGUUUGUGUGGUAUCUGGUUGGGGAUGAUGAGAAGGGUGAAGAUGAUGAGAGUGGGUGUACGAUAAGCGAGCGAGCGGUUCAUGCAUUGUGUCACUACUCUUUACGUUGUUACUUUAAGGUUGGGCAGACGUAUGUCUUGUUGCUCGGUUCAAGGCAAGGUUUCACGACCGUCAUGGGAGAUCUGCCAUUUUGUUGACGUUGACUGUCUGUCUCGUGUAGGCGGAGGUUUCAGCAAAGAUGGACAACAAAAUGACACAACAAAGAGAAAAAAAGAAGAAAAGGGAGAAAGAUAAACAGAAAGGUCUUUAGAGUGAAAAGAGGAAGAAUCAAAAAACGAAAAAAAACAUACAACACCAGGGAUUCGCUGGUCGUCACCGACCCAACUACUAGUCUG